AACACUUCUUCUUCUCUCUUUUUUUUUUCUUUUUCCUUCUCUUUUGCUUCAUAUUCAGCACCACAACAAAGAGGUCACAUUCAUGUACACAGGAGAAACACUUCAUCUUCCUCCUUCCUUCCUUCCUUCAUUGCAACCUUCCCCUUUUUCCUCAGGCCCAUUAAUUAGAUUCCUCCUAAGUCCUAAUGGUGUUUUCUCUUCCAUUGGAUUGUACAGAUUCAGAGCUAAAUUACCCUUCUCAAUCUCUCUAGUUUCUUGUUGAUUUUUUCUCUUUUUUUCUCUAAUCUUCUGAUUUCCAUUGGACUAAAAGACAUAAAAACUCUUCUGGGUUUGUGAGUUCUGCUCUCCUCUGCAGAAGCUCUUCUGGGUUUCUUGUAGCGACGCUUGCUGUGCCCAGUAGCAUCUCUGUCAUCAAAGGCUUGAACAAAAUCAUUUGUGUAUAUAUUUUUUUUCACAAAUUUGGAACUUUUUGAACAUUUUCUGAAUAAAUUUUGCCUACCCACCUUAAUUUCCUCUCUCUCAAUUUUUGCUUGAACCGUUUUUUUGGCACUUGUGGGAAAAAAAAAAGAACAUGGGCAAGCAAGGGCCUUGCUACCAUUGUGGAGUUACCAGCACCCCUCUUUGGCGCAAUGGCCCUCCCGAGAAGCCAGUGCUGUGCAAUGCAUGUGGGUCUCGAUGGAGGACAAAAGGAACGCUGGCUAAUUAUACCCCUUUGCAUGCACGGGCAGAACCUGGCGAUUAUGAUGAUCAUAGAUAUGGCAGAGGGAAAAACAUAUCCAUAAACAUAAACAAGAACAAGGAAGUAAAAGUUCCCAAGAGAAAGCAGAUUACAGACGAUAUGGUUUUUGGAGGGAUUGUGUCUGAUUAUAAUCAAGGCUUCCAAAAGUUUAUAGAUGAAGAUACAAGUAAUAGAUCCAGCUCUGGCUCAGCUAUAUCCAACUCUGAUGCACAGUUUGGCAGUGCAGAUGUUAGUGAUUUGACAGGUCCAGCUCAAUCGGUUGUGUGGGACUCGAUGGUGCCUUCCCGGAAGAGGACGUGCGUGAAUCGUCCGAAACCUUCUCCAGUCGAGAAACUUACAAGAGACUUGCACACUAUAUUACACGAACAACAGUCUUCAUGCUUAUCUGGUUCCUCGGAAGAGGAUUUGCUUUUAGAGAGUGAAAUGCCAAUGGGGUCUGUUGAGAUAGGACAUGGAACUGUUCUCAUCAGACAUCCAAGUGCAAUAGCUCGAGAUGAGGAAUCUGAAGCAAGCUCUCUCUCAGUCGAUCGCAAACAUUAUAAGACAAGUGAGGCCUAUUCUCGUCCUAUGUCUGUCCCUCUAUAUAACAAUGCAAGAACAGUGAGUUUUCCAAGUGCAAAACCUGGAAUGGAGAAGAGUAAAAGCUCUAGUGGACAAGGAACGAGAGUUGAACAUCUUAGAAGGGACAUAUCUCAGCAUGAGAAACUGCAGGGUCUAGGAAGUCAUAAUUCGCCACUAAGUUACAUAGAUUUGAAAGAAGUGCUAAACUUUGAGGAGUUCGCAAGACACUUGAACGAUGAUGAGCGACGGCAACUUCUAAAGUACCUACCUUCUGUUGAUACCAGCCAACUUCCUGACAGCCUUGAGCACUUGUUUGAUAGUCCUAUCUUCAAGGAGAACUUAUCUUCCUUCCAGAAGCUUCUCUCUGAAGGGGUCUUUGAUGGCUCCUUUUUGGGUGUAAAAGCCGAAGACUAUAAGACUCUGAGAAGGCUUGCACUUUCUAGUUUGAUGAAAUGCAAAUGGGUGGAGUGCCACCAGCAGCUCCAGGAUUGUAAACAUACCUCUGGAGAGUCUAGUGUUGGCAGAUCUCACACCACUCUUGCUAGAAAUUUAAUGACCGGCAAGAGAGUUCGUGACAUCCAAAGUCAGAACUUCCCAGAAGCAAAGGUAAUGAUGAAGAGUCCAAAAAGGGCGGCUUGGAAGGGUAGCUGUGAAAACAAGGACCUCUUGGACAAUGAUGGCUAUUGCUUCAGUCCAAGAAGCCUCUUUGCCUUGCCUCCUGAUAAUAGCACUCUAAUGCUGGAUUCUUUCCCAGUCAUAGAUGAAAGUAAUGAUCAGGAUCUUCUGGUCGAUGUGCCAUCUAAUGGCUCCUUUGCUCAAGCAGAGCUCCUUCACCCGGCACUGAGUUUUGGCUCCCAACAGGCAAGUACUAGUAGUAGUUCAGGAUACCCGAAUGCUCUUCGACCCUGAUAAUCAUUUUGUCAGGUGUUACGCUUUAGUCUCUAGGGUUUAUUUAGGCGUGCCAUUGGGCCGAAGCCAAAACAGGUCACUUGCGUGGCUAACUAAGGAAGUUUGUGAAUGGGGUUUGUGGAUUCUCUUCUUGGCUUCAGCUUUUGAACUUGGAAUCCUCUUGAUGUGAGUAUAGGUCGGUUGUCUUUUUCUUUUUCAAUUUGUAUAGGAUGACGCACAGGAUGUAAUAUAGCUCUUGAUGCAGAAGAGAUGGUCACUUGCAGAGUUCUGUUGCGACUA